AUGACUACUACCACCUACAUGUGGAGGAGUACUUGUACACUGUCACCUCACAACAUAUUAUUUUUACGAGCCACCACCCUUGGUGGUGCCGUGGCACAAAUUGUGGUGGCUCACACAGACGGCGUCCUGGCGUCGCAUUUAGCAUUCCCGGGAUCAAUCUCAUGUGGAAGAGGUUGCAGAUUGACUUUGACGCCGUUGACGGCAUUCAUAACGAAUGUGAUUGUGUUGAAUGACUUCACUCUGGAUUUUGAUACCCCUGGUGGGACGGUGCACCGUAUCUUGUGUGAGCACCAAACGGCUGAAGUAUGCCACUCCAUACAACUUCAUGUCAUCCGCAUGUGGGCAGUGUGCACGCCGUAUCUUGCACGGACUGUUAUUAACGGCACCUACACUUUGACUGGGUAG